CCCGGGCACAGGGCCGCGCGUCUAGCCCCGGACGCGCUGGGGGUCCCCGAGGAGGGGCCAGCCCGGCCGAGGCGCGACGAUGGAGGAGCCACAGCGCGCCCGCUCGCACACCGUCACCACCACCGCCAGCUCCUUCGCCGAGAACUUCUCCACCAGCAGCAGCAGCUUCGCCUACGACCGGGAGUUCCUCCGCACCCUGCCCGGGCUCCUCAUCGUGGCCGAGAUCGUUCUGGGACUGCUGGUAUGGACACUUAUCGCCGGAACUGAGUACUUCCGGGUCCCUGCAUUUGGCUGGGUCAUGUUUGUAGCUGUAUUUUACUGGGUCCUCACUGUCUUCUUCCUCAUCAUCUACAUAACAAUGACCUACACCAGGAUUCCCCAGGUGCCCUGGACAACAGUGGGUCUCGGCUUUAAUGGCAGCGCCUUCAUCUUAUACCUCUCGGCCGCGGUUGUGGAUGCAUCUUCUGUCUCCCCGGAGAGGGACAGCCACAACUUCAACAGCUGGGCGGCCUCGUCGUUCUUCGCCUUCCUGGUCACCAUCUGCUACGCUGGAAACACAUAUUUCAGUUUUAUAGCUUGGAGAUCCAGGACCAUACAGUGAUUUGCCAUUUUGAGAAUUAAAAAGGGUGAAAAAAAAACAAACAGGAAGAAUCUCACUGUAAAAACAGCUGUAGGUAUAAUGUAUAUUUCCAGAGAAUUGUAUUUAACUAAUGUUUUUAUAUACUUAGUUAAAUUUGCUCAGAGUGGUUUGUUACAAUUAAACGGGAUACUUAUUUGCAAAGUGCUGUGGCUUAUAAUGAACUCUUAAAUAUCUUGUUGAUGUCUUCAAGACCUUAUUUUCUUAGUGUAUAAAUAGAUAAAUUGCUAAUAUUAAGAAUGCGUCAAGUUUGUAAACUUAACUUUUAAAAUGCCAGAUUCUUUUUUGAUUAAAUGUUUCAAAAUACCG